CGCCGGGCAAGCCAUGAGCUAGCAGCCAUCCUGUAACAUAACCUUCCCUCAGAAGCCAUGAAGUGUGUAAGGCUGCUCGCGGCAGGCUGUCUGCUUUUCUGCGCGCUCAGCAGACCUAGCCUUCAAAAUGACCAGCAGUUAUACGAUGGACAAGACGAUUACGCAGCGAACGAAACCUUCACUGGCAGCAGAGGAAAUGUUACCAAGGACCCUCUGUUCCCUGAGGAUCUGUUCACCAUGGAACAAAGACGUCACGGAGCCGUGGUCCUCCAUAUCCUUGGUGUCGUGUACAUGUUCGUGGCCCUCGCAAUUGUCUGCGACGAGUUUUUUGUUCCGUCACUGGACGUCAUCAUUGAAAAGCUGGCCAUUCAGGACGAUGUAGCUGGCGCCACCUUCAUGGCGGCUGGUGGUUCAGCACCAGAACUCUUCACUAGCGUCAUUGGAGUGUUCGUGUCUUUCGACGAUGUUGGUAUUGGCACCAUCGUUGGCUCAGCCGUCUUCAACAUUCUGUUUGUGAUUGGAAUGUGCGCCAUUUUCAGCAGGACUGUGCUCACUCUCACCUGGUGGCCCCUGUUUCGUGAUUGUACCUUCUACUCCGCCAGUCUCAUCACACUUAUUAUUUUCUUCCGGGAUAACCACAUCUACUGGUACGAGGCAUUGGUGCUGUUCGGCUUCUACCUGGCCUAUGUUUCCUUCAUGAAGUGGAACCAUACAGUAGAGCGAUUCGUCAAGAAGCACUUGUAUAAGAAUAGAGUGACCCGCGUUCGCAGCACGGACCAGCUUAUGCCCUCGCACCAGAGUGCAGCACAAACGCUGCACGCGGGCAAUGCUGCCACUUCAAGCCAGACGAGUGUGGGUGGCGGCUCGGGUGCCGGAGGGUCGGCUGGUGGCUCUGCGGGCAGUGGCAUCACCUCACGCCCAGCACCUGGACCGACUGGUCACUCGGGUACAAAGUUCCGCCACGGCCUCCUGCAGCUCAUGAUCCACACCAUCGACCCGCUGCACGAUGCUCCCCCAUGUGUUGCAGGGAAGGUGGAUGAGAAGGCAACUCAACUUCACGCCAUCGCGUCUCUCAAAGUUCUGUUGGACGCUACAAAACCUCACAAUGGAGCGGCCACGACGUCGGCAGCCAAUCACGUCAGUGUAGCCCAGAGGCUCGAGAAUGAGAAAAACCAAGAGACGCAGCUCGCAGCCAUGCAGGAGCAACCCAACGGCGUCGCCAGUGGCCUCGAAGACUCGGCGGCUGUCGACACCAUGGCCGAUCCUGAUGACGAGGAAGAAGGCAACGAGGCACUGGACAUGUCAUGGCCGGACACCGCGAGGAAGCGAAUCACCUACCUUCUGGUGGCACCCAUCAUAUUCCCGCUUUGGAUCACUCUACCCGACACACGCACGCCUAGAGGAAAGAAAUUCUUCCCUAUCACGUUCCUUGGGAGCAUUGUGUGGAUAGCCGCUUACUCAUAUUUGAUGGUGUGGUGGGCCAACGUAUCAGGCGAUACCAUACGGAUACCACCCGAGGUGAUGGGUUUAACAUUCCUGGCAGCAGGUACUUCCAUACCAGACCUCAUAACAAGUGUGAUUGUAGCGAGGAAAGGCUUUGGUGACAUGGCUGUGUCCUCCUCAGUAGGAAGCAACAUCUUUGAUGUCACUGUUGGGUUACCGGUGCCUUGGUUACUCUAUGGGAUCAUCUAUGGUAAGCCUGUUGAAGUAAACAGUAUUGGAAUGGUGUGUUCCAUAGCCAUCCUCUUCAUGAUGCUGCUAUUUGUGAUCCUUUCCAUCGCCUGUUUUCACUGGAAGAUGAACAAGGGGCUGGGUUUCACCAUGUUCCUGCUUUACUUUGUCUUUGUGGCUGUCUCGCUCAUGUUCGAGUACAAGAUAAUUACGUGUCCCUUUUAGUGUCAAGAGGUGACUAAGCUAUUUUUUUACAGCCAGAGUGGAGUUAUUUGUUUGGGGAUUGGGAGGGGAAGGUGGUCUGGGGCCGGUCCCAAGGCCCUUGUUGAUUGCUCGUGGCAGCUAGAAAAUGUUACUUAUAUUCAUCGUUAUACGCUGUUUAAAUUACAGAUACAUACAUUUAUAUAAGUACAUACAUUAUAUACAGUUAGGUUGUCUGUGAAGUAUCUGGUGUACUGUAAAUACUGAAAGACAUUUACAAAUAUUAAGUUAUUUUGCUAGACAUCAAAAUGCAUCAUUUCAUAUGUAUGAAUAUCAUUCAACACAUAUAAAGUACUAUAUACCCUAAAAUAUUAAAUAUACAUAUAUUUUGUGAAUGUUGGUUAUUGUUGUAGAGAAACAAAAGUAAUUUUCUUGGUUGUUUUGCAGAGUGUAACAUGUUUCUCAAAAGUUUUGAAUUAUUUAUUUUAGGAAAAGGAUAAAUUUUAAACUUAAGAUUAAUCAGUAACAGCAAGGUUGCAGAACUAAAAGAUAACUAUACACCAAUAAAAAAAGGAAGAAUAAGUUGCUAUACUUUCCAGUGAUAUACUCGUAAUAUCAAGCACUUUAUAUCAAAGAAAACCAUACACCAUUUAUAUUUACAUAAUGUGGAGAAAAGCUGCUGACCUUAAGAAGACGUGAGCUUUCUUUGGGCGUAAUUACAUUCUGAAUUUGGGAAGCCAAGAAAGUAAAAUCAUGUCUUUUACAGAAACUGAUAUAUUCAUAUGAAAAAUGCAGCCUUUAUAAUCAACAAAAACAUCUUGACAUUUUGUCAGAACAUCUAGAAACAUUAUUUCUCUGAUUUAUUAUUGCUCCUUAAAAGUAUAUAAUAAUGAUAAAUAUUACAGAAUUAUCAUUUUGCUAGAAGGUAAUUCUUGCUGUGUACAACGUGUGAUAGCAUAGUGUAUAUUCAUACACACUAGCAUGAAUCUUAGAUAAAUAAUUUUGUUUGCCACAAGAAGAAAGUACUCAUAUAACACUAAAUACAGGGACGGAAUAACACACUGAAUGCUUUCUGUUGUUACUAUGUGCUAUUAAGCUCUCCAAACAUCACAAACAAAUAAAAAUUAUAAAAACAAGACACUUUCUUCCAUAUCAUGUGUGUCUCUCUUUUUUACUACUUCUAUUCUAUAAUAACUAGCCAUCUGCAGUUCUGGGAUUGCUGCCUCGCCCAGCUCCGUGAAAGCAAUAAGCAAUGUUGCGUGUAGCUGUACGUAUUAUUGUUGUUAUUAUUGUUGUUGUCUUUGUAAUUAAAUUGUUAAUGCAUGUCUCAAGCACAACCUACAAGUGCAGACAGGGAAAAACUCAACGAUAUUCCCCCAUGUGGACAUCACUGUUAGUGUGCAGAGUUGUUAGAUGUAAACUGUUUCUGCCUGGACACUUCCAGUGCCAGGACAUGUGAACUAGGAACAAGUGCAGCAAGAAUACAAACUUCAGUUCACAACUAAAAUAUGAAUAUACCAUGAAGGAACAAGACAAGGAAAAAGACUUAUGCAGUGUUUCUGGAAUAAAAAGUGAAGUAUCAGCUGAAUGAGCAUUUUGUUUGGAGGACUUAUGACAACUGUCUUGACAUUGUAUGGAUUUGCCUUAAUGCUGAGAGAUGGGAGUCAGGCAAUAUGUAUCACGGAUGAGUUGGAAUAAUUGUUAAAUUCUUACGAAGCCUUCGACUGAUGAGGGCAAGUAAGUGACAUAACUGCAAUGUGGUAUAACCAAACUAUCUGAAUAUUAUACUUCAGCAGUCCCUUGUCAAGUUUAUAAGCAUUCUUAAAAUCUUAAAUAUUCUUAUGAUACCUUGCUGAGAUUGUAAUUAAUAAAUAAAAUGCAUGAAUGUUGGUUAUGGUUUAUCUCUGAUAGGUUGGUAUGAAUAUAUUUUGUAAAAUACCUUUGAAAGCACAACAAGCAGUGCUGUGGUUUCACCCUGAUACCAGCUCUCAUCAUGAUGGCAAUUUGUACUAUAUUUUGGGCACAUUUCUGAAAUACUUUACUCUAAUUUUUAUCAUAGUAAACACCUGCUUCAGAGAGGGUAUGGAUAAAAUCAUGUUCUAACCUCUGUAUCAUUGAGUUCUUACAUUAUAUAUUAGUGUACUGUUAAUAAUAAUUUGAGACUGAUGAAUCAUCUGUAAUGCUGAGUUGAUAGCAGUUAUGACAUCCCUAGCGCCAAAGGAAACUGUUUAAUUAAGGCUCAUUGCAUUGUUCAAAUAUUAGCAUUAAUAGAAAUAUGUAUCCACUUAUUAACACUUAUUUAGGAUGCCCGAUUAUAUUUUUGACAUGUUUCAAUCCUGAAGCAAAGAGAGCUCAAUGAACAUACUGACUAGGCUAUGGACUAUAUGACUAGGGUUCCAAUUCCAGGCAACAGCAAGGAUUUUUUACUUUAUUUCUUCUCCAGAGUGUCCAGACUGAACCCAAA